AUGGUUAACUUGAUCGGUGUAAACUGUGUGAAGAAAGGUGAGGGGCACGCGUCGGCGUGUGGCCGGAGCAAGCACCGCAUGAGCGCGUCACGGGGUCAAAUGGAACUAAAGUUACCAUGUUGCCCUUGGAAGGUUCGUGCGUCUCGUCGGUUGAAUGCGAUUGGUAGAGUUUUGGAGAUGGGUCGGGAGAGUUUUGUGAAUACAGCGGCGGCGGCGGCGGCAGCGAAGGUGGCGGUGGUGGAGAAGAUGAAAGGGAGGAGCUGUGAAGUGCGUGCUCACAGUCAGAUUCUGAGGAUCAGAGCUGAAGAUUCGCAUGUGGGAGAGGAUGUGGCCAAUUUCAUGCUCUUCUCUCGGCCAAUAUUACCGGCUUCGCCACUUGGCGGUUUAAGCAGAGUGGAAUGA